CUCUUUGCAAGUCAACUCGUGUGCUCUGUAGCUGAUAGAGGCACCUCAAGCUGAAAUAUUAUAGCUGUAUUGUAUUGGAGAACGUAGUGUGACAGCCCCCGGGCUCAGCAAAUGGCCUGCUUCGUAUCGCCGCACUGACCGAGAGUGUCGCCACAUUGGCGUUCAAGCUGACAGGGCGACACAGAAAAUCAACUUUGUCUAUUUUUAAUGGACACGCUUCGAGCGGCGGUGGCGGCAGCAGCAGCAGCGGCGGCGGCGGGCGGUUUGUUUUCCUUUCGUCUUUAUCUGUAGCUGCUCAAGCAAGCAAGCAAGCCAGCCAGCCAGCCAGCCCGUGUGAGCCCCCCGCGUGUCCCCUGCUCGUCUGGCUACCUCCUACUCGUCCAAAAACAGUCAAAUUUAGAACAGCAUGGUCAUGGCUGACAGUGUCCAAAAACCGCUGAUCCGGGGUCCGGUCCGAGUGGGCUUCUACGACAUCGAGCGCACUUUAGGAAAGGGCAAUUUCGCUGUCGUGAAGCUGGCCCGACACCGCAUUACCAAGACUGAGGUGGCCAUUAAGAUCAUUGACAAGACCCAACUGGAUGCUGUCAACCUCGAGAAGAUCUACAGAGAAGUUCAGAUCAUGAAGAUGCUGGACCACCCGCACAUCAUCAAGCUCUACCAGGUGAUGGAGACAAAGAACAUGCUUUACUUAGUCACGGAGUAUGCCAAGAAUGGGGAGAUCUUUGACUACCUGGCAAAGCACGGCCGUCUCAGUGAGUUGGAGGCCAGGAGGAAGUUCUGGCAGAUCCUGUCGGCGGUGGAGUAUUGUCACAACCGCAACAUCGUACACAGGGACUUGAAGGCCGAGAAUCUGUUGCUGGAUGGCCACAUGAACAUCAAGAUUGCAGAUUUUGGAUUCGGGAACUUCUUCCAGCCCGGGGAGCCUCUGGCCACAUGGUGCGGCAGCCCACCUUAUGCUGCUCCAGAGGUUUUUGAAGGACAACAAUAUGAGGGGCCGCAGCUUGACAUCUGGAGUAUGGGGGUGGUGCUGUAUGUGCUGGUGUGUGGGGCGCUGCCCUUCGACGGGCCCACUUUGCCUGUGCUAAGACAGAGAGUCCUAGAAGGAAGGUUUCGCAUCCCCUACUUCAUGACUGAAGACUGUGAGCACCUAAUCCGCAGGAUGUUGGUCCUCGACCCGUCAAAGCGCCUGUCUGUGGCCCAGAUCAAGGAGCACAAGUGGAUGGCUCUGGAUGUCCCAGUGCAGAGGCCUGUCCUGUACCAGCAGCCCCUGUCUGCUGAGGGCGAGGCGGGUGUUGGGGAGUACAGCGAACAGGUCCUUCGCCUGAUGCACAGCCUUGGCAUCGACCAGCACAAGACUAUAGAGUCUCUGCAGAACAAAAGCUACAACCACUUUGCUGCUAUCUACUACCUGCUGGUGGAGCGGCUCAAGGCCCAUCGCUGCAGCUUUCCCGUCGAGCAGAGGCUCGACGCCCGCCAGCGUCGGCCCAGCACCAUCGCCGAACAGACCGUUGUCAAGUCGACCAGUGGUUCAGCCCAAGUGGGUUUGCUCCCACAGGGCAUUCGUCUGUUGCGCUCCCCCGCUGUGCCCCAAACCUCCUCUGAUGCUUUCACCUUCCCCCAGACUGCAUGUUCCUUGGAGCAGAAUUUCAUGGUGGAGGACAUCAGCACACCCAAAGUGAAUGGCUGCCUACUGGACCCCCUGCCUCCCCCCACUGUCCUCCGCAAGUCCUCGACCUCGUCGCCUAGCAACAUGAUGGAGACGUCGAUCGAUGAGGGCAUUGAGACUGAGGAGCCCGACACAGAGGAUGAUCCGCCCCACCUGCUCUCAGCCUAUCAGACGGCUCGGUUUGGCCAGCGGCGACACACCCUCUCUGAAGUCUCCAACCAGCCAGGGCCUUCCAACCAAGGUAAAUUAUUCACUCUUGGCCACAACCCCUCCACGGGUAGCAUGGACUCAGAUAUCGGCUAUGACAUGGGCUCCAUGCACAGUGACCUUGGUCUGCUGGAGGAUCCCCCCUCUCUCAGUGAAGUGGUACCAGCUAACAGCUCGGCCCCCGGUGUUACUCCUACGCCUUUCUUGAGCGCUCGGCCCGCCAACCCAGCAAUGGCUGCCCUGACUUCCCAGCACAGGGAGACACACAAUCGCUCCCCUAUCAGCUUCAGAGAAGGACGCCGUGCCUCUGACACCUCCCUCACCCAAGGUCUGGUUGCGUUUCGUCAGCAUCUUCAGAACUUGGCGAGGACCAAAGGCAUCUUGGAGCUGAACAAAGUGCAGAUGCUGGUAGAGCAGAUGGGCUCUGGGGAAGGAGCCGUCAUGGGCCCCCUGGGACCACAGCACCACUUGCACAACCUCCUGGAGGGUGAGGCGUCCAAGCAGCAGGAGGGCCUAGCUUUAUACCAAGGUGGGCCGCAGCCGCCUCUCCUGUCCCGCAGACAGAGUUUGGAGACACAAUACCUCACUCAUAGAUUACAGAAGGCCAACGUCUUGGCUAACAGUCCUGCUAGCUGCCAACUUUUCUGUAAGGAGACUCCUCGAAGUUUAGAGCAACAGCUGCAGGAACACAGACUGAACCAGAAGAGAAUGUACCUGCAGCAGCAGUCACAGGGGAUGGGGUUGCAGGCCUACUUCAACCAGAUGCAGAUAGCUGAGGGAUCCUACCCACCAGGCAGCCCUGCUCUGGACACCGCAGCAUCUCAAAGUUCCCCUCAGGGCCCCCCUAUGUCGGCCGCCCAUCAGCCUCAGCCCCAGCAGCAGGGCAGUUCUCAGGCUUCGCCUCCCUUCAGCCACCCCCAUAGUUUGAGCCCCUUGAUGGAACCGGGCGAGGGCCUGGUUUAUGAUCCCUACAUGAGCCACCACCAUUACACCCCGCACUUGCCCCCUGGAUCUCACCUCCACCACCAGCUCCACCAUCCUCAGUCUCAUGAGGCCUCUGUAAGCGGCCUGGGCUUCAGCUACGCUGCAGGCUGUGAGCAGCAGGCUGUGGGGCCUCCCACCGAGGCUCUUCACCCAGAGCAGUAUGAGUUUUCGCUGGACCCCACCUCGCUGGUCCCCACCUCGCUGGUCCCGCAUGGUCCAGGAGAGGCUGAGGUUGGAGCUGUGACUGGAGUUUUGCCUGGUCCAGGGCAGCCAGACGGCCUCAGCCUGCCUGAGCUGCAGAGCUCCCUCCUGGACAGUGAGAUGAUGGAGACCGUGGACACCCAGCAUGGCUUUGUACUGGUCAACUAAAGCCAGCUGUGAAGGGGUUAAUAGAAAGCAGUAUUAAGCAGUGAGAACCUACAUGGCACUAAGAGCAGAGAGAAUGGAGAUAUAAGUGGAGGUCACAAGAGUAGCAACAGGGAAGGAAAAGUGUUAAUUUUUGUAUGACUAAUACAAACUUCAUUUCUUAGUUGUGAUGAACCUCAGACAACAUUUCUACCAAAAUCCUCCCUUAGCCUACCUCCCUUUCUCCCUCUCCUCCACUGUUCUCAUUCUCGUCAGCUCUGUGAGGCAGGAACGGGUCCGAUAUGGGGCACAGUGUGUGCUGACUUGGCGAGGCAGCUGUCAUCACGGACGUUGUGCCACCCGAGAGGACUGCGCCCGGGGAGGGGGAUGCUGCACAUCCUGGAGGCUGCCAGAGUGCAGCAUUUCACCUACAAAUGGUUUGAAAGUGAACUUGUUUAGGACUGACUGACUGGCAACCAAAAGCACAAUGGCUGGCAGUGCUUUUUGUAUUUAAAAUAGGACAUCAUCUACAAUACACAUCUCAAAAUACUUUUGUGCAUUUUUUUUAUUUCAGUAGCUAAAAAAAAAAAAAAAAAAAAAAAAAAAAACAAGUGAACAAGAGAAAAAAGGCCCUCAUUUAUCACGGUACCAUGGAUAUCACCACAAAUUCAAGUGUUAAAAGUGUCCAUUUUUGAAGGAAGGAUUCUAAACACUAACGUGAGUGCAAAGGCAUAACAUGAUGGUCAUGCAUAGGUUUCAACACUAACAGAGCAUUCCUCCAAAAAACACAACAUGUAACUGCCUAAACAAAUACUCUAAACAUGCAGAGUGAGGCACCGGGUUGGUGAGUAAUGCACCCAUUGGUUGAGCAUUUGCUGCAUUUGUGCUUUUAACAGUGAUAAACUCUCUCCAAGCUAUAUUUUUUUAGUUAACUGACUAAUGAAAAUAAUAGAUAUAGCUGCAGACUUUUGUGUAGGCUACGUGACAUAAAUAAUACAGUUUUUUUGUUUGUUUUCUUAGUGGUUUUUGUAACUUGUAACUACUGAUCCUGAUUUAUUUCUUACACUACUGAACUGCUUUUCCACCUUUCCAUCCAAUUGCACGCACUUGCCAGGUUUCAUUAUACUCAAUACGAUGAGGAUAAUUCUUUUUGCAGGCGAAAUGGCCACGUGCCUAUUUUAACAGUUGAAUUGUGGGUCAUGUGUUUGCCUGAUAAAUGAGGGCUGACGUGAUUAUCGUGUGUUUGGUUGAGAAGUUGCGGUGUUAGUCAAUAUUCUUCUAUUUUUGUGGCAAUACUGAAGCAAUAUUAAUCCUUAAUGUCGGGGGAUUAUGAAUGGAUGCCUCACCUGUACAGCCAGCUCUGAUUGGUUCCCGGGGACCUCUGAGUCGUCAGCAGUGACAUCGCUUGAGCUGAUGAUGUAACCAGGAGAUAAUCUGUCACUCACUCAGCCUGGAAGUGCACGGACAAACCUGGAGACACUUGUAUGAAUAUGUGUGUGUGUAUGUGUGUGUGUGUGUGUGUGCGCGACUGUGUGUGAUUAUGUUUGUUUGCACAAUUCAGACUUUAAAGUUUUUUGCAUCUAUCGCAUCAUUUGUCGUCAUUACUGAAGAAGACAAACACUGUAUUGACGCCUCCAUUCAAAAUAACACAGACUGUGCAUUUCCCUCGGUGCACAGUUGUAGCUUUUGGAUUAAUUCUGGUUUACAUCCUCAAUGCUCCAGUCAUGCCUCUGUGUUGUUUUAAUGAUGAAUCAAGUUUAGAAUAAUAAUGGAAUAAUCCCUUAAAGAUUCCCUGCGUUAGAUUUAAUGAAAGGAUGUUUCCUCUCUGAUUUUGGGGCUGCUGUGAGACAAAGACCAGCAGAACAUCAUCAGUCACCUCACACUGGAUUUUGACCGUUGGCUCACCCACCGCUCCUUGUCUGACAGCAAACCAGCAACAAGACGAGAGACUUUUUUUUUCUUUUUUCUUUUUUUCUUUGAAACAGCACUUAGAUUGUGUUCAAUCUACUUUAAGUGCACAGAUGUAUCUUCUCUGACAGAGGAUGCUGAUUUAAAAAAAAAAAAAAGCAACUUUUCAUCGGAAUAACAGGACGGCGAACGUCAGAGGGUUGAGAUAAGAUUAUUGGACUGUGACCAUCUGCCUGACUGCAUGACCUUCAGUGGUUGUGGUUUAAACUGUAGGAGUGUUUGCACUCAGAUUCGCUUUCAGGCACCACAGUCACUCUCAGUCUGUAGACUGGAAUGAGCAGAUACCUUAUGGAGUUCUCAAUCAGACUGACGUACAGAUGUGGUUUGACUAUGAGUCUUUAUAGUUGCAGUUAACAGUCUUUAAUGAUGGCUAGAAAAUAUGGACCAACUGUGGUUGCAGUCCUGUGCAAGACUUAAAGGAAAAGUCCACCUUAUAAAGCUCAUAGCACUGUUUCACAGCAGAUUAAGGAUGUAACUAAUGAUCUGCUGAUUAUUUUCCUGAUUAAUAAAUUAGUUAUCUAGUCUAUGAAUAAUUUAAAAAAAUGCCCAUCAUAAUUUUUCAGGAUCCAAGCUGGCAUUUUUAUAUUAGUUGGUUUGCUCAGACAAACUAAUUCAAAUCCCAAACAUAAAAUUUCUGUCAAUUUUCAUGGCACUUUUGUGUAAAACAAACAAACAAAAAUAAAACAACUAUGUUUAUCAGUCACUGAUACUAAGAACUAGCAACAAUAGCCUCCCUGGACCAGAGAGCACUACAGCCACAAGACAUGUUGCAAAACAGGUUUUGUGGCUGCAUUAAUAGUUCCACCCUAAAAUUAACAAACCAGUUGGUGAGCUGGUUAUGUUUAUACAUACACCCACAUUUUAUUGACAGGAAUAAGCUCACGCCCAAUUUGUUGGUCAUGCUGAAAAUGUCCUUUAGAAAAGAGAAGUGUUAGGGGAGGUCCAACAUAAGAUAACAUUGCUUUGUAAAUACAUGACAGUGUAAGAGUUUUAAAAGGUGGGUUUCGCCUGUAAGUGAAUAUUUUGAUGAUUGUUUUCUUUCAUUUUGUCCUUGGUCAGGCUAGAACAGCUACAGGAUGAUCUGUGGAAGUUGAAUACUGGAGCACUUUUGACAACGAGGGGGAGAAGAGAUGUAGCGAGAGAGGAGGAGGUGAUUGCGGUGGAAAGGUUUGUAUUGCUCUGCUGUUUCCUGGCAGAUGAAACAAACCGCAAUCUCUAGGAAACACAUUUGUCCUCUCUCUUCCCCACCAAUAAUGGACACAAAACAAAUUUCUUUCAAAGAAAGACCAGACAUAGUAACUCUUUAUCUGAUUGUUGAUUUUAAUCCAAGAAAGAGCAACACUUUUCAGUUUACGAUGAGUGUUUUUUUGUACAAAUUAGGGGUGUAGUGAAUCUUCAGUGCACGCUCAAGUUGCACCGAGGUGAAUUUUGUGUUGAACGUGAAUAGUGUUCAGUGUGCCUUUUACUUUUCAUAUUUUCAAUCUAAACUAAGAUUUUGAAUAGCGCCAUUAUUUCUGGUUGGACCCUUUUAUCAUUUAUUUUAUUAUUCCUUUUUUUUCUUUUCUGUAUUUUUUUUCCCCCAAAAGUAAGUAGAGCCAGGUUUUACAAAGGUACAAAACCAAAGUCCCUCAGAAGUUUCCCUGUACGACCCACCGUGUGGAGUUUUGGAGCUUCUUUGUCAGCUUCUCUACCGUGCUUUUUCUUGUUGGUCAAUCAGUGUAUGCCAUUUAAAAGUAUUAUAGCAAUAUUUCUCUAGUUUAAGACUAAAGUCAUGAAGAUUCUAGUGGACGUGUUUCCAAGUAUCAUAAUUUCACCUCCUGCUGAUAAAACAAAAACAUCAAUCUAUCAAUAGAAAUCCAGUUUUAUAUUUACCUUCAUUGAUGUUGACCACACAUAAGCUAACUUGCUGUUGAGAUUAAAAAAAGGUUUAUU